AUGGAGCUGAUGAUUCUAAAACCAUCUUUUGCCAAGAAACUAAAUGGGGAUGGGUUUAGUCCGUUACAUCUCGCUGACGAGAACCACCAAAUUGAGUUAGCACUUGCGCUUAUCAAGUUUGAUCCGGAUCUUGUUCGUAUUCAUGGAAAAGGAGGUAUGACACCAUUGCAUCUUGCGAUAAAAAACGGUGUAGUCGAUCUUCUUACCGAGUUUCUCCUGGUAUCUCCUGAGAGCAUUAAAGAUGUGACUUUAAAUGGAGAAACUGCUUUACACAUCACGGUUAUGAACGAUAGAUACAACGAGCUCAAAGUUCUGAGAGGGUGGAUCCAAAGAAUGCGCAAAAAGGAUUCUUCCUCUAUAGAGAUUCAGGUAGUAGCAGAGUUGCUGAAAUGCAUGUCACUGAACCGGAACAUCCUGAACAAAAAUGGUAUGACAGCCCUUGAUGUCCUACGAGCUAAUGGAGCUGAUAUGAACAGAGAUACGGAAAACCUAAUACAAAAAGCGGGUGGUAAGAACGCGGCUUCUCUGUCGGAACUCAAGACGGCGUCUGUUUUCCUCAUGAAACCGGUUACUUUUUGUGAAUAUUGCUCUAUUGGAAUUUCGCGAUAUAGGAAUGAAAUGACAGACGGAACACGCAACGCUCUUCUAGUAAUAGCAGCAUUGAUGAUCACAGCUACUUACGAGACCGUGGUCCAACCAUAUGAGAAAGGCGGCCAAGAUGAUUACCUAGUUGAAGAUGUAACCACAGCGUAUAAAAUAGAAAUGGUGCUCGUUUGGGGAUUCAAUACAAUAGCUUUUGGCUUAGCUAUUGCCUUGACAUUUAUUCUCUUACCAGUUGGUAGAGCAUAUACGUGGUGGUAUAUUUUGAUCUCGGUGCCUCUGGUCUGUUCUUUUGGAAUUUCGGUGUACCUCAAGUAUAAUAUCCAAACACAUUACAUCAUCAUCUACUUGAUCGUCAUGUUAGGGUUUCUUGUUUAUCUACUUGUAUUCUACGUGCAAUGGAAGCGGACUACGCAUAAGAAGGUACCGGAACCCAUAAGUGACCUGAUUUUUCGUGGCUGA